AUGCCGCGCCCUGUGGGAGCCGUCGCCUCCUCGCUCGAGGCGCACGGAUACGUGAUCAUCGCCCUCGACGCCGGCUCCGCAGCGACGUUGCGCUCGGCGAUGCAGGGCGCGAGCCAAGUGGGCGCCGCGCAGGCUGCGCUCGAGGACGCCGCCUCCUUCGAGCACUACCAGGGAGAGCGCGCACAGCUACGGCUCAUCGUCAACGGCCAGCGACCCGACGCCGAGUGGCUGGCACAGGCGUGCGACGUACUUGGCCUCGUCGCGAGCAACGCCACCCGCGCCCUCGACAUGCCGUACACCGACGACGCGAGGCUCCUCGACGUCUUCUGGUACGAAGCGUCGAUGCCGGCCGCAAACGACUGGGUGCCGGAGGAUGACGGCAACGAGGACUGCUCGGAGUGGGUGCUCGUGCAGCGACCGGGCUCGGGCGGCACGGUCGAGGGUGACUGCACCCACCUGCCCUGCCCCGCACACCAGGACCCGGGGAUGGUCACCGUGGUUGCGGACAACGGCGUCAGUGCGCUCGAGGUCCAAGGCCGCGACGGCGAGUGGCACAGGCUGGCGCUACAACCGAAUGAGUGCGUUGUGCUCGCGGGCCGCGCUCUCUCGACGCUCACCGGCGGCCGCAUUCCCGCCUGCACGCACCGCGUCGUGCAGCCCUCGACGGCACGGAUCUCGAUGGUCUUUGAGGUGCGCCUGCACGGGUCCGACGCAAAGGCCGCGCAGGAGGCGACAAAGGCCGCGCUGGAGGAGACAUCAAAGCUUCUCCCCUGGCACGAACAAGCGAGCUGCAGCCGCCUGUUCUGUGCGGCGCCGCUCGCUCUGUGCGGCGCUCGCGGGGUGGUGCAAGAGCUUGCCCGGCGGCUCCGCCCACUUGCCACGUUAGAGAAGCUCGGCACCGGGGCUCUCUCCUUCUCCAAGGUCGUCGGCAAGCUGUUGGGGAAGAAGAACGACGUGCGCAUCGUCAUGGUGGGCCUCGACGCCGCCGGCAAGACCACCAUUCUUUACCAGCUCAAGCUGGGCGAGAUUGUGA